AUGUCUGCCGAUCACAAAGAUUAUCAACCUUCCACCCCAUUGAUCCCUCGCCGCCUACUCUUUGGCAAUCCUAAUCUAAUUCAACCAAAAGUUUCGCUCGAUGGUAAAUACAUCGCAUUCAUUUCCCCGCGAAAUGAGAUAUUGAAUAUUUACGUUGCCGAGGUCCCUGACGAAAACCUUGGUGUGGAGUAUGGCAAGGAACUGAUAAAAACGGCGAAACCCAUUACCGAGGACAAGAAACGUGGCAUCAGGGAUUUUCAUUGGAGCUUUGGAAAUCAAAUCAUUUUUGCAAAGGAUAAGGACGGGGACGAGGACUUUAAAUUACACUCGGUUGACGUAAAAACCCUGGAAGAGAAAAUCCUGACUCCCUUCGAUCAAACCCUGUCCUAUCCCGUGAAAUUUUCUGCCCGUUUUCCGGAUGAAGUCAUUGUGGCCAUCAACAAACCCGAUCCUGCCGCCCAUUCACUUUAUCGCGUCCAUCUUCGCACAGGCGAAUUGCGUUUGAUUGAAGAGAAUAAGCUUCAUUUCUCCGAGUAUUUCGUCAAUGAUGACUUGGAGGUGGUGUUUGCUGCCAAACAGACUGACGAGGCUGGAAGUAGUAUUUACAAGAAAGUCGGAAACGGUGUCGAGGAACAAGAUUGGAAAUUGUUGAUUACUUUUGGAAUUGACGAUGUUGGGGCUUCGUCGAUUAUCUCGAUCGCUCAUGAUGCGUUUUACCUGAAGGAUUCCAGAGGUAAAGAAUUUAAUGCGAUUUAUAAGAUAAAAUUGGAUGACGACGAGCUAAACCAGGUUCUUGUCGCCGAACCGCCAAGCACGAGCAAAGCCGAGAUCGGUGAUGUGUUACUUGACCCCAUUACGCAUGAACCGAUCGCGCUUCAAGUCAACUAUUUGAGAAAAGAAUGGUUCUCCAUCAGCCCCGACAUUUUCAAAGAUCUCGAGUUUUUGAUGAGUUACGAUUCCUCUCAAGACGGCGCCAUGGGAAAAGGAAAUAGCGGAUACCGAAAAUCGGACAUCAUCAUAAAUUCUCAAUCCCUCGACAAUCAAGCUUGGACGGUGGUCUUCACGAGCGACAUUGAUCCUACGAAAUAUUAUUACUUUGAUCGAAAAAAUAAAAAAUUAAGGUAUCUGUUUAGUGAUCGUGAAGAUUUGAAGGAUUAUAACUUGAGUCCCAUGUGGCCAGUGGUUAUCAAGGCACGAGAUGGAUUGGAAUUAGUUAGCUAUUUGACGAUCCCGGUGGAUAAACUUUCGAACAAGGACGAUUAUCGACCCACACAACCUUUGCCCUUGGUUCUUAAU